AUGCCUCGUCACCUCCGCCGUCACAGCAGAGACACAAUCCAGAACAAUGGACAAGACACACAACUCCCCAGCCAUUUUCAAACUCCGCCCUCACGCCACACCCCCUCUAACCCCACCCACCGAUAUGAUGCGCCCACCACCACAGGGCCACAAGCACUCAUAACCCCCGACACGGUUCCCGUCGCAGCGGGUGCGCCCGCUGCGCGCGUUAACCCCUUCACACUCUUCGGUCCCUCCGGCCCAGAUCCCAACGCGCAGGAGAUGGUGGACGACGAAGACGAGUUCGACGACGAUUACCACCCGCAAGCGCCUGCGAUGGGCAUGGAUGCCCCGCUGGAUCCCGAGGAUGAAGAAGACGAUGAUGAUAUAGAUGACUCGGAGGAGAUUGAUGGCGAAGAAGUGGAAGAUAUGACAGCGGAUCAGCUGGACGGCGAAGACGACGACGCGGAUGAAGAGAUGCACGAUCGAGAAAGAUCACCCUCCCCCUUACCACCAAACCUCCGCGAGAUCUCCUCUCUUGCUUCCUGGACCGUCUCGACCUCCAAACCGGGCUGCGGCGUCGCCGCCUUGCGACACCCGUCCCCGUCUCAAUACUGGCAAUCCGAUGGACCGCAGCCGCACACGCUGACGCUACAUUUCUUCAAAUUAGUGGCCGUGGUGCGCAUCCGCGUUUAUCUCGACUUCGAUAUGGACGAAAGCUACACACCUACGAAGAUGGUCUUCCUGGCGGGCAUGGGCGGGAACGAUCUCGUAGAGUUUGCUACAUGGGAAGGCGAUACGCCGUGCGGGUGGGUGGAUGUGCCUCUGGAGGGAGUGGGAGGGCGCAAUGGCGGCUGGGUGAGGAGUGAUGUUAUCGUAAGACCGAGGCGUCGGACUAAGUCGUCCGGACGGACUAUGGGAUCGCAUCGGCGCGACGGUGAUGAAAAUGCCAUGUGGGAGACAGCUGCGAACGAGCCCGAGAACGGCAACCACUUGGACGAGGACGAUGAGGACCGCCAACAGGAUCCCUAUGCGGGCAACGUGCUCAAGGCGAUGGUCAUCCAGAUGCGCGUGGUCGAGAACCACCAGAACGGGAAAGAUACCCAUGUGCGCGGCUUCCAGGUCUUUUCGUGUGAUGAUAGCCGUCGCCGACUGGCUGCUGCCCCGUCUGCCUCGGCGGAUGACCGCCAUCGUCGGCAGAGCGUUCGCCAAUCCCUUCGCGCCGGCGUCCCGGGUGCCCUCGGACAUGACCCGCUUGGCAAUGAAGAGGUCGAGGCAGGUAGAUUGUCGUUGACUUCUGGGCUGAGCGAACCAGACUGGAUGGGUGAGCCGGUGAUUCGAUAA